UAGAAACUUGCUGAGAAAUUCUUAGCUUUACCAUUCCAUAACCUACAAAGAAAACAAAAUCUAAUUUGGCAUGCAAGACAAACCUUACCCACAAAGGCAACUUCAUCCUCUCUGGGAAAAAAUGGAGAUUCUAAGCCAUCCUUAUCUCUACGUAAUCUGGUCUACCAAUUUUCUUGGUUUGUCCCAAUGUUUAGGUUGGACAGCGAAGAAGUCUCUCUAUUUUCAGCUCAUAAAAACCAUUUUUUACAAUGUUUAACCGGACAGCGAAGAAGUCUCCAUUUUCAGCUCAUGAAAACCAUUAAUUUAAACCUGAAAUGGGGCUCAGGAUUUGGGCCCAUCUUAGCCUUUUCCUUUCUUAGACUUCUCGUAAUGCGUGAGAUAGUGUUCGAUGAUGUAUUUGACAAAAUGAUGACAUUUUUGAAAGAAGAUGAGUUUUACAGAGGUGCCACCGAUUUGGAACCUAUCACCUUUUCACAUUUAGCAAAAGGCCAUGCACGAUUAUGAGGCAGUUUUUGUGUACCUGUUCACACUUGGGAUUACUUGUUUCUCUGUGUGAAAGGGGUUUGCAGACAAUCUCCCCUGCUAGAUCCAUUCCCAAAAAGAAAAAAAUUAUUCAGUGGAGAAUACUGAUUCCUCCAGGAGCAGUCUGUCUAAGUGUAUAUAUACAGAUAUGUGUGUGUGAUGGUGGUACUUAGUUGAUAAUUAAUUGUAGUGUGUGGCUGUGCACAACAAUAUGGAGGUCUGUAAGAAAGUUCAUGUCUUUGCAUUGUUGGUCUCCACUUUUUGUUGGCAUACAUGGAUUGUUUCAGGGCUUAGCAGUAUCAAUGGAGUUAUAAGGUCUGAGAAGUACCAAGGCGGACUAUGUUCUAUAUUUGUGCAGCCCUAUUCCAAAUAUAAUUGUCAUGAGUAUUCCAUUGGAACAUCAGACGGCUUUAAACUGGGGGUCCAGAGGCUCAACAUUCCUUCCUUCUCUAAGGGUCCAGUUCUGCUCAAUCAUGGUGUUUUAUCAGGUGGGGAUAGUUGGAUUCUGAAUCCACCUGGUGAAUCCCCUGCCUUCAUUCUAGCUGAUGCAGGCUAUGAUGUCUGGAUUGGCAAUGCAAGGACAACAAGUUUUAGCUACGGACAUGAGUAUUUGACAGAGAAUGACAAGGCGUAUUGGGACUGGAGUGUGGAUGAACUAGCAGCAAUAGACCUUCCAACCAUGGUGUAUUUGGUAAACAACAUAACCAAGAGAAAUAUGCACUUCAUAGGAUUCUCUCAGGGUACUCAAGCUGCUUUAGCUGCUUUUAGUGAAGGGAGUAUUGGAGACAAGGUGGAAAAAGUGGCAUUAUUGGCCCCUGUUGCGUAUGUUUCCCACGCAUAUACACCCAUUGGAGUUGCUGCUGCAGUUCUUCAUCUGGACAAAGUCUUUCAGGAUCUGGGAUUGCACUCAUUCAGCACAAAAACGAAAACAGGAAAGCAGUAUGUGGACAUGAUAUGUGCAGCAGCAAACACACGUUGCUUUGAAGGCUUAACUGAUACUUUCACAGGCAUUAAUUGUUGCAUCAACAAUUCAAGGAGAGCUUUCUAUGAGAAAUAUGAGACUCAAACUACUUCAACCAAGAACUUAGCUCAUCUCGCUCAGAUAUAUAGAGCAAACAAGUUCCAGAAAUACGAUUAUGGGUUGUUACAGAACUUUAUAAAAUAUGGUUCCAAAGACCCUCCUGAAUAUGAUUUAUCCAAGGUCCCCAAACAGAAGCUGUUCCUGGCUGCAGGAGAGAAGGAUGCCUUGGCAAAUGAAUUGGAUGUGGAAAGGCUUAAGAUUGACUUGGGUGGUCAAGGCUUUCAAUAUCUAUACAAGCCUAAUUAUGCUCAUUUGGACUUCAUUCUUGCCUACAAUUGCAAGCAGGAGCUUUAUGAUCAUGUCAUAUCUUUCUUUGAAAAUAAUGUUUAAACUUUAGACAUCAAUGACUGAUUCUGUUGUAUCCCCAAGUGCAGGAUGGUUUAUGAUUUGUAUGCAUCUCUUCUUGUAAGUUGUCCAAUAUAAUUGGGCAUGUCGGAGGAUAUGACAGUUCAUUCUGAGUGAAAUUGAAUAGACGUAUGUAAAAUUUGGAAGGCUUGGAAAUGUACGGCUUACUAAUAUUUCACUCAAAGCACCGAAAGGGAUUGUAGAUGCACAUGCUCAUUUCAAUAAAGAAAAAAGAACAAUACAAGAAUUUGUACA